AUGAGCUGGUACGAGCUGCUAGUGCACAAGGCACUCACGCUCAGCGACUGGUGUGCAGGGGACAAGGCCGCCGCAGCGCGCACACGGGUGGAGGCAGGGCGACGACUCUCAGGUCCCGACCAUGGCGAGCUUCUCCUGCAGGACGGGGACGUGCAGCGGCAUCUCUACCUCCAGGACGUGCUCACACAAGUGGCCGAGGCGCCCGAGAGGCCCAGGGUGCCCGAGUUCGCCUGUCAGGUGGCGGGCUGCUGCCAGGUAUUCGACGCGCUGGAGGACUACGAGCACCACUACCACACGCUGCACAGAAAUGUGUGCUCCUUUUGCAGACGGGCCUUCCCCUCUGGACACUUGCUGGACGCCCACAUCCUGGAGUGGCACGACUCGCUUUUCCAGAUCCUGUCUGAGAGGCAGGACAUGUACCAGUGCUUGGUAGAAGGCUGUGCGCAUAAGUUCAGGACCAGUGAAGACCGGAGGGACCACAUGGUGAGGCUGCACCUGUACCCCGCGGAUUUCCGUUUUGAUAAACCAAAGAAAAAUAGAGGCCCAGCCUCGCCGGGACCUGGUGCCAGGGAGCAGUCGGACGGGGACGCCAUGGAAGUGAGCUGCGAACCCGGGGCAUCCUCCGUGGCACCCGCGGGCGGCCGGCGGGCCUGCAGCCAGAGGAUACCUUCUACCAUCUGUUUUGGUCAGGGUGCAUCUCGAGGGUUUAAAAGCACCAAGAAGAGAAACAAACAGCAUUGACAAGUUCAGACGGAGAGAAAGAACCAGGUGUCCGAGCAGACCCCAAGGUGGGAGGUGGGGUUGGUGGGGGCCUUUCCUCUUACGGUCUGGUGCGUUUGCACUGGGCCAGGCGUUUGCCAUCUUCUCAUUUUGGUCCUUUGGCAAGUGACGUCGGGCCCUGCUGGAAGCAGUGAAGGACCUGCAGAUUCAGGAAAUGCCCUUGACAUGCUGCAGGGAAUGCAGGGUGGGGACUGGCCACCUCCCUCUGCAUGGACCACACUGGGAAUGUCCUUUUUAAAUGUGUGAAGUAAAUGUCCUUCACUGAU